AUGCGUUGUGUGUUACACAUGUAAAUCUAAAAACGCUAGUCUGUCGUCGUGUACAGUUACGUUCACCUGCUAGUAUGAUAUAAUAUCGAAAGGGUGCGAUUUAUUUAAUUACAAUCAUAAUAAUUAAAGGACUAACUUAAAAUUUAAAUAUUAAAAUAAAUUAAAAUAAAACGAACAACUUUAAAAAAUAAGUUUAUAUUAAUACAUGUAUCUACGGUUAUGAAUGCAGAAGAGAUCAUCUGGAAGAGAUCGAGGUGACAAGUGUAUGACACGCGAAAAAAUAAUUAGUACAUAAUACAAGAUUAAAGGAAAUUAAGUACGGAAAUAACAAAACUUUAAUGACUUUAAAUUAAUCGUUAACAAAUAGUUAAUUUAUUAUUCUUGAAUGUAAAGAUUGAAAUUUAUAUAAAAUUGCGGAUAAAAAAUGCGAGUGUUACCAAUCAUUUUUCUUUGGUUGUACUAUCUGUCAGUUUGCAAUGGAUAUCGUUUGCUCGGACUAUUUCCCUUACAAAGCCAGAGUCAUUUCACUAUGUUUGAACAACUGAUGAAGGGUCUGGCCAGAAAGGGCCAUCAGGUCGACAUGGUCAGCAGUUUUCCAUUGAAAAAGCCUUAUCCAAAUUACACUGAUAUCGUGACACUGCCAGUAGCUAUGAAGUUCACGAACAACGUUUCCUAUGAAAUGGUAAAGAGAUACGAGCCUUUGGAUAUGACCUACGUUGUUGGGACGUUGGUAGGAAACGAUCUCUGCGAAUUUUUAGAAAAUCCAAAAAUAAAAGAUUUGGCGCAACCAAAGAAUCCGCCUUACGACGCAGUGAUAAUGGAGGUUCACGGCGCGCAAUGUUUCGCGAUUAUCGGCCACUUGUUGAAAGUUCCCUUGAUCGGAGUCAGCACCACAGGAACACUGUAUCCAUGGCUACCUCGUUUAAUCGGUCAGCCUGAGAAUCUGGCCUUCGUGUCGAAUGUUAUUUUAGGUUUCACUACUCCUAUGAAUUUUUGGCAACGUCUAUGUAAUGUCUUGCGCACGCUCUACGAUAAGUGGUUUUUCGAUCACUUGACGACGCGGGUGCAAGACAGGUUGAUAAGGAAGAAUUUCGGAUCGGACAUGUCAAGCGUACGAGAAUUGGAGAGAAAGCUGUCGUUGAUCCUCAUCAACUCACAAAUUACGCUAGAUGGGAUACAGCCGAAGACACCUGCCGUGGUAGACGUGGGAGGCCUUCACAUUCAGGCCGAGGACGAAACUUUGCAACCCGAACUGAAGAAAUGGAUGGACGACAGCAAAGAUGGUUUUAUAUAUUUCACCUUUGGUUCAAUGGUGAUGAUUGAAACGUUUCCACGCAAGUUCUUGAACAUCAUUUACGCUUCCUUAGACAAAAUAGCACCUAUGCAGGUUUUAAUGAAGGUACCAGUUCCGGAGAAACUGCCACCUGGCUUGCCCGAAAAUGUUCAUAUUUCUCCUUGGAUGCCGCAGCUUAUGGUAUUGAAACAUCAUAAUUUAAAAGCCUUUAUUACUCACGGAGGACUCAUGAGCAUGCAAGAAGCGAUAUCGUUCGGUGUCCCCAUGAUCGGUAUACCGCUUUUCGGUGAUCAAUUUAUGAAUAUCAAUGCAUACGUUUCCAAAAACGUUGCCAUACGACUGGAUGUCAAUACGAUUACCGAAGAAAGCAUGGAUGAAGCUUUAAAUGCGAUAUUACAAGACCCUCUGUACAGGGAAAAUGCGCGGAAUUUAUCCCGACAAUUCCUCGAUCGACCACUGGGCGCUAUUGACACAGCUAUUUAUUGGGUCGAAUACGUCAUCAAGUACGGCGAAAAUUCUCUACGUUCGCCCGCUAUGGAUAUGACCUGGUGGCAAUUGUCUCUUGUCGACAUAAUCGGGUUUCUCCUGUUUUGCACAAUAAUCAUUAUCAUUGUAAUAGUAUUUAUUGUGCAAUUCAUGUUGAAGUUGAUAUGCAAAGAUACUAAUACAUCAUAUUUGAAAAAGUUCAAAACAAAUUAAUCAUUAAUUAAAGAUAAAUAAUGCUGUAUAUUUUGUUUUCUAUUUAUAUCUCUGUCAAAAAUUUAUUGAAGAAAUCAUAAUUAUUUUUCUUAAUAAAAUAUUAUUAAAUGUAAUGUAAUUUUUCGACAGGUUACCCGGUAGCUUAAUUUUACUUGCAGAAAAGCAUGUAUCGUUUACAUACCAUAUUCGUUAUGUACAUUGAUGGAAAUAAAUAUUAAUGACGAGUU